AUGGAGGGUGUUGUGUUCGACUGUUCUGACGCCAGCAGCACCGGGUCGGCUGAAGGAUGCCAGUGGGAACUCGACAUCGAUCCCAGUGUCAAUGGCGUGAACACGGAGAUGGAUGUCGUCGUCACAGCUGAGUCUUCGGAAUGCCUACAGCAGGAAAUCUGCAGCGAUGCAGAUGGCGGCAUCUUCUUCGAAGAGUCAAUGUCAAGUGGGUCAUCCAUGUCCGUCGUAACAGACCCCGAUGCAGAGUUGAAUGGUGCUGAUUGUGAUUGUAGUGCUGGUGAUACCGUCGCGACUGACGAGCGCAUCAGCACCCUUGUCAGUGCAUUUCGUGCUGGAGUCUUCAUGGUGGAGUUCUUGCAGCAGAGCUUCGGGGAGCACCACUUGAGACAGAGCUCUUUGAACUGGCUGCAUUUGUUCUCUUCCCAGUGCUCCGGCAUCGCCUCCGCAGAGCAAGCUUACCAUGUCCUUGAAGCUUCGCUGGAGGCUGUGCUGGGAUGGCCCAAACAGUGGCAGCAGGCUUCGGUUUGUGAGAUCAACGCGAAAUGCAUUGACAUUUUGAAGAAGAAAGUCCCAGAUGACUGUUGCAUUUUCAUGGACAUCUUUGAGUCUGUUCCCGCCAGCUGGGAUUCCAAGUUGGGGCCGGCUCCGACAAUUCAGGAGCGGUGGGAGGCUUUGUGCUCGGCAUGGCAGGGGAACAUCAAGCUGAAGUGCCGAGCGCACGGAGGUUUGUGCAGACAGAAGAAAUCAACCCUGAACGUGGCAGGAACUCCUUGCCAACCAUGGUCCAGAUGUGGCAAAAAACUUGGAGGAAACGAUCGACGCAGCGACGUUACCUUGGCGUGGCUGUGCUGGCUGUUGCAUGCACAGCCAGCAGUCGCCAUACAUGAGAAUGUGGUUGGGUUUGAUAGCUCUAUCAUCACCACAUGUGUGGGUUCGCUGUACAGUGUCAUCAUCCUGCCUGUCAAGCCUGGCAAUGCUGGAUUUGUCUUCGCUGGUCGCCCUCGCCAGUUUGCCGUACUGGUGCGGAAAGACUUGGUCAUCACGCAUGACAUGUUGCGUGUUUUACAUGCAGCUUCGGAAUACAUCAACAAGAGAGUUGGGUGCUCGCAAGUGUCCGCAUGCAUGGCUGUAACGUCUGAUGAGGAACGUUUGCAGUGUGAGAACAAAGCAAGGAAGAAGCGAGG